AUAAUCCCAAGAACAAGGUUGUCUGAAUUAUCCAAUGAAGCUAUUGCUCAGAAUAAAUCUAUGGCUGCAGCAAGCUCUUGCUGGUCGCACUCGCUUACUCAGAACUCUUGCCAUUCUUAUCGCUUCUUGUAUUGCUGUUUUGUGGUCAUUAACUUUGCUGAUGAGCGGAUUCACUUCUUCGCAGUCCGACACUCCCCAAAUUCAAACUGAAUUGGUCUCUAAUGUGCCUUUAGAUACUGUUGUUUCUGACCACAUCUCUCUGGCCUUUGACGAGCCAGACUCGGAUGAAUAUGUGUUGGUGGCGGGCGACCAUUUUUACACGGCUGAGUCGGCCUCACUCAUUAGUGCUGCUUCUAGCCAAAUAACAUUCAACGCUUCUGGAUUCACAUUUUGCACUCUACUCAAUGGCGCUGUAUUCGACUCAUCUAUUUAUAUAAACUCACUGGGCGGCUCGGUAUCCCAGCUCAACUCGGAUCGCUACACAUUCGUAAAUGCUGUCGACCAAAAAGCCCACGACAUCUUUCAAGCUAUCUUGUUCGAAUCCAAAUUUGGUGAUCGCAAAGUAAAACCCAAUUGGGAUGAACUCAAACGACUCUCUUGCUACUUUGCUGCAGAAGGAAACUCGGCAUAUGCCAAUUUCACCACAUCUCGUUUGUUGGUUCAAAUAGAACCUUUUACAUAUUUUCAAGACCGGCUCAAAGCCAUUGUUCCACACGAUUCAGUUAUUCCUGGCCCCAGGCGAAAGUAUCUUAUUGCCUACUUGCUCAUGGUCCACGAAGAAAACGGAUUUCCCCAUCUCUGUAAACUGAUAGAGACUCUCGACGAUGGAGAUGCCAUUAUUUUGAUCCAUGUAGAUAACAGACCCAAGUCAAAUCGACUUAGAUCCAAGAUUGAACAGUUUAUCAAUCAACGCCAUCAAAUGAUUGGAAAACCAGCAAACAUCUUUUUGACAAAGUACAGAUUUAGCAAUAUUUGGGGUCAUUCAUCGCUUGUUUUUACACAGCUAAGUGGCUUUUGGGAACUGUUGGAUAUGGCUGACUGGGACUAUGUGAUCAAUCUAUCCAACUAUGACUUUCCGCUUAAACGCAAUGCAGACAUACAUCGUAUUCUUAGCAGACCCAACAAUCGUGGUAAAAACUUUAUCGAAUAUUGGGCAGAAACUGGACAUCUGGCAGAACGAUUCUAUCGUGCACAUAUUGGUACUGCUGACUUUGCUUCACUCUUUCAUCCUAAUAGUCUUGGUGUCACAUCAUGGCCUUUUCCGCGUUGGCGAGCAUACAAACAUCACCAGUGGAUGAUUGUCACUCCCGACUUUAUUCGCUUUUUAAGAUACGACAGCAAUGCUCUCAACUUUCUGGCAUUUUCAGAACAUACUUAUAUCCCAGAUGAAUCCUACUUUGCUACGGUUCUUGUAAACUCGCUAGAAUUUAGAGAUACCGUGGUCAAUGACAAUAAGCGAUACCUUCGAUUUGCUGGAGGUGGUGCGGCCCAUCCCUCUUGGUUGGGAUACAAGGAUCGCUUUUUGUUUCCUGCUGGUGAGCCAGAGCCUAGCUUCUUUUUUAUUCGCAAAAUGAAUGUGUUUGGCACAUCAUUUGAAGAGGCAAAGUUGCUUGAGUGGAUUUCCACCAACCACAUGAAUGUUCCGUCCUCGAUCGAUCCAAACGAAUCGGCUGAAUCCAGAUCACCUUGCACAAUUGAAGAUGCUAGUGUACGCUCAAAAUGUCUCAAGGAGUUUGGUAGCAAGAUUGCUCACAACAAUGAGCUGGUAGUCGUUCCAGUAAACCGUGCUUUUCUGGUCCAGGCCGCCAAUCUUCGCUGCUCACUUUUGCAUGCUGGAAUUGACAACUUGAUUUACUGGUCAUUGGAUUUGGAAGUUCACGAGAGUUUAAUUUCAAAAGGAAAGUUGUCUAUUUUUUUGGCUGGAUUCCCCAGCACCAGUGAGCGUCAAGAUCCUGGAACACCCUAUUUCAUCAAGAUGAUGCGAUAUAAACCUAAAGUGCUGGCAAUGCUGCUGGAUGCCGGAUUCAACGUGUGGUACAUGGACGCAGACACCAUAGCCUUGCAAGAUUUCAGGCCUGAGAUUGUAGCAGACACAUCUGUUCAUAUUCACAUUGCAUUGGACAAUGACAAGCGUCUUGAUAUGAGCACAUUUUUAAAGCAUAGCGUUCCUCCAUUGGCCUCUGCUGGAAUCAUGUACUUGCAAAACCAUCCAUCGUCCAAACUUUUUAUUAAAAGUGUGCUGGAUAUGCAAGCUCAAAGUAUUUUGCUGGACGAUCAAGAAGCCAUGCGCAGAGUGAUUCAUAAUAAAACGCUUGUCCAGACAAGCUAUGCUCCUACACAGUCCUUGGGGCAGCGAUUGGGUCUGGAUAAGCGUUCUUAUGAUGAUGCAAGCAAUAUCCCAAUUACUCCACCGGUUAUAGAAAUCAAUAAUGCGGAAAUUCACAUUCGGUAUUUCAACCAGUUUCAGUUUAUCAAUGGCAUCAUCUUGCUUGAUCAUACCACUGAGAUUCCGAUAAACUUUGAUGAAUUCAAGGUAGUUCAUGCUCGACCACUUGAAAACCCUAUUGCGGCAUUGACCAAGUGGGGAUUGUGGUUUUUGAAUAACGAAGGAACUUGCUCUAAAAAAGACACUAUGCUGCAUGAUGCACGCAUCAAGUUGUUUGAGCAAACCAAUGCCCAAAGGAAUCCGUGAUCAUUUGAAGUACCAAAUGAUUGUUUUGUGUCGUUUCAAUGGAAAAGAGGAAACCCAGAUCUGUCUUGUUCUGGAGGGAUACUUGUAGUAUCAUUUUCCCCUUUAUACCUCUUUUUAAUUUUAUUAUUGAUUGGCCUUAUUGUUUUGUUACUUUCCCACUGGUGAUGUGUUUGAGGAUUUCCUUGUUUUGAUUUAAACGUUGCGGAAAGUCCCAUCUGUAACGCCAGUAAAUAUAUUUUUAU